AUGGACGAAUUAUACAUUGAUUUUGACAAACUCAGAGAGAGAGUUAUUUCUGUUCAAUCAAAUUACCAGAAAUUUGAAGGCUCCCCAAACUCAUUGUUGUUUGUAUCUGGUUCAAGAAAAACUGAUAAUCCAUACCAAAAGACUACAAUUUUACAGGACUGGCUUAUUGGUUAUGAAUAUCCAGCAACAUUAAUUGCAUUCUUACCUAAAAGAGUGGUUGUAAUUACAAACGCAAGCAAAGCUAGACAUAUCCAUAAAGCAUUGGAUCAUUUCAAUGAACAAGAGGAUGGAUUUAAGUUUGAAAUUUUAGAAAGACAAAAUCAGGAGCCUGCUCAUAACAAAGGAUUGUUUGAUAACGUCAUUAACUCUAUCAAGGAAGCAGGUACUACAGUAGGUAUUUUGCAAAAAGACUCCUUCGAAGGGAAAUUUAUUAAUGAAUGGAACCCUCUUUGGGAUGCUGCAGUAAAAGAGAAUAAUUUUACAUUUGUGGAUGUCUCCAAUGGUCUAUCAACUCUAUGGGAAAGCAAGGACAAAACUGAACAAGCUUUGCUUUCUGUAGCAAGCAAAUGUUCUGAUCUAUUCAUGGAUUUCUUAUCCGAUGAAAUGGUUCGUGCAGUUGAUGAAGAACUGAAAAUUACAAACGCCCAAUUAUCUGAUAGAAUUGAAGAUAAAAUUGAAGAUGAUAAGUUUACGGCUAAGCUAGGCUCUAAUGUUGGAUCUCUCUGUCCAUCGGGCCAAAAGUAUUCUUCUGAAUAUCUGGAAUGGACUUAUUCUCCAAUUAUUCAGUCCGGUGAGUCUUUUGAUUUGAAAGUAUCAGCCCGUUCAAAUAAUGAUCAAUUAUAUGGCAAUGGUUGUAUUUUGGCAUCAUGUGGUAUCCGUUACAGUAACUAUUGUUCUAAUAUUACGAGAACGUUUUUAAUUGAUCCAUCCGAAGAAAUGAUAAAUAAUUAUGACUUCAUGUUAGAAUUGCAAGAACAAAUUGUAACCCGAAUUAUAAAGAAAGGUAAGACACCAGCUCAAAUUUAUAAUGAAACUGUUGAAUAUAUAAAAGAAAAACGUCCAGAACUUUCUCAACAUUUUACCAAGAACAUUGGUUUCAUGAUUGGUUUAGAAUUUAGAGACUCUUGUUUUAUUUUGAAUACCAAGAAUGAAAAACGUACAGUUACUGGUGGACAAUGUUUUAACAUAUCAUUUGGAUUUAAUGGAUUAAAGGACUCUAAAUCGGGUAGAAUAUACGCACUUGCCUUGGCUGAUACAGUGCAAUUAUCUAAUGAUCCUACCCCAACUGCCAAGGUCCUAACAGCUUCUACUAAGGUACGUACUCAGAUUUCUUUCUUCUUCAACAAUGAAGAAGAUGAUGAAAAGGCCAAAAAGAAGCCAGCAGUACCUGUCAAUUCUGCUGCUCAAGAUAGGAACUCUAAGAUCUUAAGAACAAAAUUGCGUGGAGAUGGCAGAGCAGGAUCAGAUGAUGCUCAAAAAGAGCAAAUUCGUAAGGAGAAUCAAAGAAAGUUACAUGAAAAAUUACAAAAGGAUGGUUUAAUCAGAUAUUCCGAAGCAGACGCAAGUGUCACAGGGAAAGAAACUCAGCCAUAUUUUAAGAAAUAUGAAUCUUAUGUGCAUGAAUCACAGAUUCCAAAUAAUGUUCGUGAUUUAAGAAUACAUGUUGACUGGAAAACUCAAACUAUAAUUAUUCCAAUUUAUGGUAGACCGGUUCCAUUUCAUAUCAAUUCCUAUAAGAAUGGUUCCAAGAAUGAGGAAGGUGAAUACACAUACUUGCGUUUGAACUUCCAUGCACCCGGUUCAGCUGGUGGUAUUUCGAAAAAGGUUAUUGAACUACCAUAUGAUGACUCACCUGAAAAUCAAUUUGUACGUUCCAUUACAGUAAGAUCCAAGGAUGGCGAUCGUAUAAGUGACACUUUCAAGCAAAUUGCUGAUUUGAAGAAAGAAUCGACCAAAAGAGACCAAGAGAGGAAAGCUCUUGCUGAUGUUGUUCAUCAAGAUAAACUGAUCGAAAAUAAGACCGGUAGGACAAAGAGACUCGAUCAAAUUUUUGUUAGACCAAGUCCAGAUACAAAGCGUGUUCCAAGUACUGUUUUCAUACAUGAAAAUGGUAUUAGAUAUCAAUCGCCUUUGAGGACUGAUUCUAGAAUUGAUAUUCUGUUUUCUAAUAUCAAGAAUUUAGUUUUCCAAUCCUGUAAAGGUGAAUUAAUUGUUAUUAUCCACGUUCAUUUGAAAAAUCCUAUCAUGAUGGGCAAAAAGAAGAUACAAGAUGUGCAAUUCUAUCGUGAAGCUUCUGAUAUGUCCGUUGAUGAAACUGGUACUGGUAAGCGUGGUAUGAACAAGUUCAGAAGAUACGGCGAUGAAGAUGAACUAGAGCAAGAACAAGAGGAAAGAAGAAAGCGUGCCGCUCUUGAUAAAGAAUUUAAAUAUUUUGCGGAUGCUAUCGCCGAGGCUUCAAGAGGUCUAGUCACAGUUGAAAGUACGUUUAGAGAUUUGGGUUUCCAGGGUGUUCCAAACAGAUCAGCAGUUUAUUGUAUGCCAACUACGGACUGUCUGGUCCAAUUAGUUGAACCACCUUUCAUGGUGGUUAACCUUGAAGAAAUUGAGAUUUGUAUCCUUGAAAGGGUUCAAUUCGGUCUAAAGAAUUUUGAUAUGGUGUUUGCCUAUAAGGAUAUUACAAAACCAGUAACUCACAUAAACACAAUUCCAAUAGAAUCACUAGAUUUUGUUAAGCAAUGGUUAACUGAUAUGGAUAUUCCAUACACUGUCUCUACAAUCAAUCUGAAUUGGGGUACUAUUAUGAAAUCUAUUCAAGAUGAUCCACACCAAUUUUUCUUGGAUGGUGGUUGGACAUUUUUGGCAACUGGAUCUGAUGAUGAAGCUUCCGAUGAAAGUGAAGAAGAAAUAAGUGAGUACGAAGCAUCUGAAGAAGAACCUGAAGAUGAAAGUGAUUAUUCUGAAGACAAUUCUGAUGAAGCUAGUAUGAGUGACGAAGGAAGUGAAGAAUAUAGUGGGGACGACAGCGAGGAAGAAGGUGAUGACUGGGAUGAUUUGGAAAAAAAGGCUGCUAACGCUGACCGUGGUGGUAAUUUCAAAGAUUGA